CCCGCCUCGCGUCCCUUCCUUCCCGGGGCUGGCAGGCGGGCCGCGGCGUCUGCGGGCGGCGGACGGGCGGGUGCCUCCGGCUCGCUCCCUCCCUUGCUGCCGGCUUCCUUUUGUUUUUCUGGACGGCGAUGAGCUCCGGGCCGGUGCGGCGGCUGCGGGCGCGAGGAGGCCCGCUCUCCUAGCCACCCUUCCCGGCCUUAGCGCGCUAGUCCCGGGCGGCGGCCGGCGCCUACCCCCGCGCGGCGGCGCCCAACUUGGGUUCGGGAAGCCGGGGGACGCGUCCUGCCCUGGAGCAGGGCAUGGUCUAGUGGCCCCGGCAAGGACGGGAGCUGGCCCCCGAGGCUCUGAUCCCUGCUCUGUCUCCACCUCCGCUCGGCCUUGGGUGUAGCCGCCGGCCGCCAUGGGCAAGCAGAACAGCAAGCUGCGGCCCGAGGUGCUGCAGGACCUGCGGGAGAACACGGAGUUCACGGACCACGAGCUGCAGGAGUGGUACAAGGGCUUCCUCAAGGACUGCCCCACCGGCCACCUGACCGUGGAGGAGUUCAAGAAGAUCUACGCCAACUUCUUCCCCUACGGCGACGCCUCCAAGUUCGCUGAGCACGUCUUCCGCACCUUCGACACCAACGGCGACGGCACCAUCGACUUCCGGGAGUUCAUCAUCGCGCUGAGCGUCACCUCCCGGGGCAAGCUGGAGCAGAAGCUCAAGUGGGCCUUCAGCAUGUACGACCUGGACGGCAACGGCUACAUCAGCCGCAGCGAGAUGCUGGAGAUCGUGCAGGCUAUUUACAAGAUGGUGUCCUCCGUGAUGAAGAUGCCGGAGGACGAGUCCACUCCGGAGAAACGGACGGACAAGAUCUUCAGGCAGAUGGACACCAACAACGACGGCAAGCUGUCCCUGGAGGAGUUCAUCAAAGGUGCCAAGAGCGACCCGUCCAUCGUGCGGCUGCUGCAGUGCGACCCCAGCAGCGCCAGCCAGUUCUGAGCCCGGCGCCCGCCCGACGGCAAGAGCCCAGGCCUCUCACCGGUUAAGCUUUGCUCGCAACAGCGGAUGCCUCCUCCAUCAUCCCUGCUACCCCGGCCAGCCAGGUGACCCCGCACUCACCCGGCCCCCUGCAGCCGUGUCCCCUCCGCCUGGCCUCCCCCCACCCUCCCGCCCGCGUCCAGGGGUCGUAUGGGAGCCCCGGACCCACGAGGACUCGGUGGGACUCUGAAGGUGGUGCAGGCCGGCUGUGUUUGUGAUGGCAGGUGAUGGGGAGGGAGGACGGGAGCGGCGAGGAGGCGGCCUCCAUGCAUGGCAGCACCCAGCUCGUCUUCUCUCAACCGAAGCCACGCGCACGUCUGUGCCGCGGUCGCCUUCCCUGUCCUGUGUCCUUACCCGUACUGUGAUGUGAAGUGUCACGUGUAGGUCCCGUAUUUAACGCCUCGAUUGCCUCCGAGCGUGGUUCCCUUGUGGCCUGUGAUCCUCCCGAGCCGGUUCUCUUGUGGUAUUUAUGCCCAACCCGCCCGUGGCCGAGGAAUGCAUGCGCACCCGCUGCGGGGAGGCCCCCCCAGGAAUGCAGGGGUGUCCUGUGGCCGGCCCGGCGUUUCCUGUAUUAAAAUGAUCAAAUAAACAGAAUCCUCCGA